CACCAAGACUAAGUCAAACUAAAACUAAUAUUUCACUACUAUCGACUUCUAAAUACAUCUGUGCUCGUAAACCUCUCAAGACGAUCCAUAUUGUGACGAAGCUACCUGGAUACGAAACAGAUUUGAAUAAACAGAGACGAAAUAGUCGUAUAAUACAACGAGGCUAAGUGCAGCGGGAUAGCUUCAAGGCUAUACUGUUGAGAGAAGAUCGAGCGAAAGUUCUCACCUCAAUCCAAUACCUACAACACCUCAACAAACGAACAUGUCGCCAGUAGUCAAAUCAGCCGCGCAUCUCGGCCCAUCGCCUCUUGGAAGCAAGACGUUCAUCUCUAAAUGGUCGUCCCGAUAUAGAGGAGCAACAGUCCAAGACCUCGAACCCCCCUCCGCCCUCUCCCUCAACCCGAGCGACCCCAUUUCCCUAGCCCUCCUCUCCGCCUUCGAGCGCGACUACACGCACCUAACCAUAAUCGACGCCUCAACACGUUCUCUGCUCGGCUACAUCGCGAUCCCCGCGCUCCAAGCGCAACUCGACACAGGCCGCGUGCAGCCCAACGACCCGCUCUCGAAAGCCAUGGCGCGGUUCGAGCGGAAAGGGAAGAAGUACCGCGUGAUCACUAUGGCGACGCCGUUGGAGGAGCUGGAGGAGUUUUUUGAGGGAGGGGCCGUGGGUCAGAAGCAGGAGUUUGCGGUGGUGACGGAUGAGGAUAGGCGGUUUGUGCUGGGUGUUGCGACGCGGAGUGAUUUGGAGGAGUUUGUGAAGAGGAGGCCGGCUUGAGGGGUGCGUUGUUGUUUGUUGUGUACUUACCCUUAGUGAGGAAAGGGGUGAGUAGCAAUGGGAAGGAGAUGGUGCUUAAGAGCAAGAGGGAGUAUGUUAUGCGUUGAGAUACUUCAGCACGGGUCGAUACACAUAUGAGGGUAUGGUGAGAGGGUAUUUAAAAUCGACGCAUAUAAUGGAGAUUGGCGCUAUGGAAAGAGGUUGAUUUGUCACGCUAGGCUUACGAUUUAUUGAUAUUGCGGAUCAGCUAAUUCGAGGUAUUCAACACCUCGGGCUACGUUAGGUACAUGAGCUAGAUUGGCUGGCUAUACACGUCUCAUGUAUGAGGCUUAUUCAACAAGAAAUGAAAGCACAUCUCAUACACAUUUAUAGGUAACUUCAACGCGG